GACGAAAAAAACAAUGUGUCGGUUUAUGUUACAUUUACAUCUAAUUAAGAACACGAUAGUGCUUAUAUAGUUUAAAUUAUUACUUAAGAAAAACACUAUUACUCUAUAUCUUUCCCUCGAUUCCAUGAAUGUGUUAAACCUUUUUCACAAAAAAUAAAUGAUUAAACAAAACAUGAACAUGCAUGCGCAAUUUUCCCCUCUUCUUUAUUAUUCUUUUCACUUUUGCAUGUUUCGUUUUCCCAUCUCGUGUAGUAUUUUUAUAGUAAUCUUUAUAAAAUAUCCCCUCUUUUGAUAUUUAAAUACACAUGCACUUUCCUCAUUAAGAAAAGUUUAACAAACAUUCUCAUGUAAUACAUGUCUUCAUUUUAAGGCCCCAAAACAUUGAUCCGUACUGAUCGUACGUACAAACAUAUUUUAAAAAUACAAUAACCAACACACAAAAACAACAGAAUAUGCAAAGACAAAAAAAGAAAGAAAAAAAAACUUAAAAACGUAUAUUAAUUUAGGUCAUAUGUUCACACGUAGAAAGACUUCUCUAUAAAAGCCUCAGAAUUUUGCAAAACCCAAAAAAAAAAAAAAAACUUUACUCUCUCUUUCUUCAUUUACUUCAAUCUAAUUUCUUCUCCUUAUCGUCUUCGUUCUUGAUGUUCAAAGAUGACAUAAAGAAAAACUGACCAACCCUAAACUGUAGUAAAUCCUAUAUCGGAUUUUUAUCUUUUGGAAAGAAAAAAGGUUCUUUUUAAUAGAAAAUCUAGCAAAAGAGUGGAUCCUCGAAUGUAUGGGAAGGGGCCUUUUGGAGGCGAUGAAUCUGAGGAAAAAGAAGAAGAUGAGAACCUUUUCCCGGUCUUCUCCGCCCGAUCUCAACACGACAUGCGUGUUAUGGUCUCGGCCUUGACUCAAGUAAUCGGAAGCAACUCUCAUGACAACAUGAGCUCUAUUGAUAAUUAUCCUUCUGUGUAUAAUCCACAAGACCCUAAUCAACAAGUUGCUCCUACUCAUCAAGACCAAGGGAACUUGAGGAGGAGACACUAUAGAGGUGUAAGGCAAAGGCCAUGGGGAAAGUGGGCAGCUGAAAUCCGAGAUCCACAAAAGGCGGCACGAGUGUGGCUCGGGACGUUUGAAACCGCUGAAUCCGCAGCCUUAGCUUAUGAUGAAGCAGCUCUUAAGUUCAAAGGAAGCAAAGCAAAACUCAAUUUUCCCGAGAGGGUUCAGCUUGGAAGUAACUCUACAUAUUAUGUCUCCAACCAAAUUCCACAAAUCGAGCCACAAAAUAUACCAAACUAUAAUCAAUAUUAUCAAGAUGGGAGUAGUAAUGAUAUGCUAAGUUUUAAUUUGGGCGGUGGAUAUGGUAGUGGUAGUGGAUAUUCAAUGUCCCAUGAUCAUAGUACUACUACUGCUGCUACAGCUUCCUCGUCUUCUGGUGGCUCUUCUAGGCAACAUGAAGAUCAAGAUUAUGCCAGAUUUUGGCGCUUUGGGGAUUCAUCUUCCUCUCCUCAUUCGGGUUUUUGAGAUUUGAUAAGCUACUUGUGAUGAAGUAAUGAUAUAUGCUGUUUUUUGAAUGUUUUUGAUGAGUGUUAUUUUUUGUCCUCCGUUAAGAUUUUUCUGAAACGUUUUUUCUUGUUUUUU